AUGGCUGGUUCUUUCACAACGGAAAAGACAUGCAGUGAGCACGUUGAAGUGGGGGAAGAAAAGAACAACUGCCAUGGCUCUAUUCCACUCGAUACCACGGUGUUGGCUGAUCAAGAGCUUUCAGCAUUCGACCGAAAGAUGCUGCUGAAGCUGGACUUGAUUAUUAUACCGGUGGUGGCGCUGCUUUUUCUCAUGUCUUUCUUGGAUCGUGGCAAUAUUGGAAAUGCUCGGGUGGUGAGUGAUUUUUGUGACCGUUGGUUUCUCGCCGUGUCGGCUUUAUUGAGUGAUGUUCAGGCUGGUUUACAAGCGGAUCUACACCUCACAGACCACCAAUAUCAGACCGCACUUACGGUCACCUACGUGCCGUACAUUCUCGCCGAGCUGCCUUCCAACCUCCUUCUCUCAAAGAUCGGUCCAAAGAUUCUUCUUCCGACCCUCUGCACGGGAUGGGGUAUUGUCACAACACUCCAAAGCCAAGUCCACAACUAUGACGGUCUCAUCGCUUGUCGUUUCUUCCUUGGUCUUCUCGAAGGAGGCUUGUUCCCCGGCAUAGUACUAUAUCUUUCAUUUUUCUAUCGUCGACAUGAGCUGCAGCUCCGAGUUGCCUUAUUUUUUGCUGCAACUUCGGCCGCUGGAGCUUUCUCCGGACUACUCGCGGCGGCAAUCAUUCAGAUGGAUGGUGUUGGAGGCAUGCGUGGCUGGCAAUGGAUCUUUUGUCUGGAGGGCAUUCUUACCUUCCUCAUCGGUUUCGGCUCCUUCUUCUUGCUUCCAAACAAUCCACGCCAGGUUCACACGUUCACUGCGGAGCAAGCCGCUAGAUGCGAAGAGCGACUCAAGCUUGACGUUGACCUCCAAAGCCACGAAAGUGUCGACCUCAAAUCCGUCGCGUCAGCUUUUGCCAGUGUGCACGUAUGGCUCAUGGUGUUCCAGCUUUUCGGCGCCGGAGCAUGCUUGUACGGCCUAGCGUACUUUACACCGUCGAUUGUCAAAGGCUUUGGGUACAACGAGACACAAACCCAGCUCUUGACAGCUCCACCCUUCAUCGCGGCGUUCAUUGUCAACCUGUUCACGGCCUAUAUGUCUGAUAAAUAUCGACAACGAGGACUCGCAGCCAUCGGAACCUGGAUCAUCGCGCUUGUUGGGUUUGUCAUGUUCUACAAGUGCCGAAGCAUAGGGUCGCGCUAUACUUCUCUCUUCUUGAUGAUCACGGGGGUCUAUUCCGCCUCGCCCUGUCUCGUCUGCUGGGUGCCAAACAACACUGCCGCGCGCACCAGACGUGCCACUGCCAUUGCCAUGGCUUUCAUCAGUACCAACGUAGGCGGCAUUGUCAGUACUUGGAUUUUCCCCACGUCCCAGGCGCCUUAUUACCGCUUUGCGUCGAGAUUCCUCAUGUCAUUAAAUAUCACUUCCCUUGUCUUGGCAGCUGUCACCAUUUUCUGGCUCAGAAGGCGCAAUGCAGAGAAGGGCGAAACAGAAUACCGACGCAGGGUCCUGGAGCCAGUGGCGGGUCUGGAGCCUGCUGAUCAACUCCGAAUUCUCGGAGACUCGCACCCAGAUUACUACUUUACAUACUAA